CUAAUGACCAAACAAUAUAGGUACUACAUUGAUAGGGCGGCAUUACUAGCUUUCUUGAUAGCUGCGCUACCGCUAUCCACCAAUUCCCAAAGUACCGGGAUUUGGACACCUGCUGGAUCAUCUGGUGUAACAUGCAUUCACUCAGCUCUUAUGCCCAAUUCGAAACUCAUUUGCAAUGAGCGACCGCAUCAGAAAAUGUAUCCACAAAACCCAAACACGAAUGGCUUGGUUUCUACUGAGAUUGAUUUAUUGAAUGGUGCUUCAGCUUCGACUUUUGAUCCAUGGGUUGCAAAAUUCACUCCCCGCCCAGUAGAUACCAAUCCCUUGUGUGCUGGUCAGGCACUCAUGGCCAACGGAUCCUGGUUUAUUGCUGGUGGUGAUCAAUAUGGUGCAAAUAAUGGCACUUUUCCUCCAGAUGGCCGCAAAGGUCGCCGUGUAUACAACCCCUGCCCUACUGGCUCACCCGCAGACUGUGUUGGAAAUUGGGCAUCACUUCCCGAUAUGUCAACUGCUCGGUGGUACCCAACUAUUGCCACUAUUGCUGAUGGCAGCCAGAUUAUCAUUGGUGGAUCCACAGAUGCAAUGGAUUUUAAUCGCUUGACGGAUAUCAACAAUCCCACAUACGAGUAUUGGCCACCAAAACAAGGCGACCCGCGUACACUGCCCAUUCUUGCAUGGGCCUUUCCAAAUAUGCUCUACCCAAUGGUGUUUGUUAUGCCAUCUGAGCGUAUAUUCCUAUUUGUAUCCAACAAGACGGUCAUUAUUGACCCUAAAACCGACGAGCAGAUUUAUACUGUUCCAGAUAUGCCAGUUUUGGAUCAUGCGCCGUGGAUUUAUCCACACACUCCUACAAUGACGGUUUUACCCAUGACCAUCAAGAAUAACUUUAAAUUCACUUUGCAGAUCUGCGGUGGUAACAAGAUGAGCACUAUUGAUGCCUCGCCAAUGUGCUGGCAAAUCAGCCCCGACGACCCCAACCCUACUUGGACUGCUGUUGAUGAUAUGCCUCGUGGUCGUUUACUUCCCGACUGUGUUAUUAUGCCAGAUGGAAAAAUGAUUUAUAUGAACGGUAUGUCGUGGGGAACAGCCGGCGGUGAUCCUGGCGAAGUACUCAACGGAGGUGGUCCAAUUAUGAUUCCAGACGUGUUUGAUCCUGAAGCCCCUGCUGGGAAGAAAUGGUCAUCCAUGGCUCCUGCAUCCAAUUAUCGUCUGUAUCAUGCUGGCGCUGCCCUUACUGAAUCUGGAUUUAUCAUCACGAUGGGAUCUGACAUGGUCAACUAUGACGACUAUUGGAAAUACAACAAAACCAACUGUAUGCCUGUUGUUCAGGCAUACACUCCUGAUGCCUGCACAUUGCCAUUUAAUCUCAAUAUUGAGCGAUUUGCUCCUCCUUAUAUGCAGGCUGCUCAAGCCAAUGGCCGUCCAGUCAUUUCCAAGGCUCCGCCAUCGGUUACUUACAAAUCGAGUUUUAUUGUAGAAAUGGUUUCUUCAGUGAAUGAUGUUAGCCGAGUCACAUUUAUUCGUCAGUCAUCCACUACUCACCAAACUAACACUGAUCAGCGGUUCAUUGAACUCAAAAUUCUUGGUCAGCAAGGAUCAUCCUUGGUUGUUCAGGCUCCUGAUGUUCCUGGCCGCGCACCUCCAGGCAACUGGAUGCUAUUUGCUUUGGAUAAAAACAAUGUUCCAUCCGUGGCAAAAACUGUUAAUCUACAAAUUGGCGAGGCAACUAUUAUUCCAACUGGAAGCUUCUCCACUGCGGGAAGAAAUCAUGCUAAUAUAACCCCUAUUAUCAGCAUUAUAUCAUUGAUGUUUACUGCCGUGUGCUCAUCUAUGAUAUUCUAAGAAAUUCAAAAUAAACACCAACAUUUAUUUACUGCCGU